AUGCCAUUAUUAUUCACUAAAAGAAACUAGCCGUUAGAGAGGCUUUCUAAGCGGAUGCCGAUGAAGAGCGUCUGUCACCCACAUGACAUUUUCUCUCUCCCAAUACAAGAUUCUCUCUCUCUCUCUCUCUUUCUCUCUCAAGUCUGAUGAUCCUCACGUGCCUUUCUCACAGUCACUAAAACACCCACCUCCCAGCUUUCAGUACUUAAUCUUCUCCCAACUUAUUUUGCUCCUGUUUCAUUCCUUCCUCUACUCUCUCCCCAACAUUUGGAAAAACCACAACCAAACUAGAAGAAGAAGCCAACGUAUUGUUCCAUCCAUUUCUUCUUUUUCUUUUGGUGUGUUUGUGGUCAUGGAUUACCCAUUUCAGACUUUUCAGUUUCUCAAAAAAGGAGCCUCUGAUUGGCGCCGGAUUUCACAUAAGAAGAAAGAAAAAUGGAAGAUCCUUCAUUCCAAAUGCACCCAUUUUAUCUUCUUUCUUCAGCUCCUGUUCUGUGCCCUCCAGCCAGUCAGAAGCGAAAUCUGGGAUGGUGUCAUUGUCACAGCAGCUGAUUACCAAGCUCUUCAAGCUAUCAAGCACGAGCUAGAUGACCCAAAAGGGUUCUUGAGGAGCUGGAAUGACAGCGGCUAUGGAGCUUGCUCCGGUGGCUGGGCUGGGAUCAAGUGUGCUCAGGGGCAGGUUAUUGUGCUCCAGCUUCCAUGGAAGGGAUUGGGUGGCAGAAUCUCAGAGAAAAUAGGCCAGUUUCAGGCGCUUCGAAAGCUCAGCCUCCACGACAACCAGAUUGGGGGUCCAAUUCCUCAGUCGCUGGGCUUCCUUCCAAACCUCAGAGGAGUUCAACUAUUCAACAACAGGCUCUCUGGUUCAAUUCCUCCUUCAUUGGGUUUUAGUCCUCUGCUUCAGACCGUUGAUCUUAGCAACAACUCUCUCACUGACAAAAUCCCAGAUAGUCUUGCAAACUCUACCAAGCUUUACAGGCUCAAUCUGAGCUACAAUUCAUUUUCUGGUUCUGUCCCAGUUAGUUUCACUCACUCACAUUCUCUUACCUUCCUUGCUCUGCAACACAACAAUCUCUCUGGUCCUGUCCCAGACUCAUGGGGCAGCACUGGAACACAAAACAGUCACUUAUUUAGACUUCAGUCCUUGACCCUUGACCAUAACUUCCUCUCAGGAAGCAUCCCUGCUUCUUUAGGCAAGUUAAGUGAGCUUGAAGAGGUUUCUAUUAGUGGAAACCACUUCAGUGGAGCCAUACCAAAUGAAAUAGGGAGCCUCUCUAGGCUUAGAACACUAGAUUUUUCUAAUAAUGCCAUCAAUGGAAGCUUGCCUUCUAGUAUCUCUAAUCUCUCCUUACUUGUUCAGCUAAAUCUGGAGGGAAACAAACUUGACAGCAAAAUCCCAGAAGGUCUUGGCAGUUUGAAAAACCUUUCUGUUCUCAACUUGAGGAACAACCAAUUGCAGGGUCCAAUUCCUGCAGCUCUUGGAAACAUUUCCACACUUACCCAACUUGACUUGUCACUAAAUAAUCUCAGUGAUGGAAUUCCAGUUUCUCUUGCUGAUCUACCACAUCUUAGCUUGAUCCUUCACCAUCUACAAGACCAGAAGUUCAACAGGUUCUGCAGCAACUAG